CUGUAGAAGUGCUACUGGUGAGAGCAAAGACAAGCCAGGUAUCCAAGGCGACAUUGACGUUGCUAGUUGCCGAGCCACGGCGGCGGCAUUUCAUAAGAAUAGUGGUUCAUUGACUACUAACUGGUGCUUCUGACAUCCAGUCUAGAGCUUGACUAUACGAUGGCAGAAGGCGGAAGACCCAACAACUUGCCCCCAGCACUUUACACAGCGUUGGAUCAUCGAACAAACAGCCAUGCUGAAUAACCAGACGAGAACGCCCAAGAACGUUGUCAUCUCGGGCGGCGCGCGGGGCAUCGGGCGCGCGCUGACGCGCUACUUCCUCGAAGCCGGGCACAAGGUCUAUGUCUUCGACAUUGAUGAGGACGAGCUCGAGUACACGGUCAAAGUCCACCUCAAGACGCACCACGACGCGGGCAGGCUCGCGCACGCGACCUGCAACCUCCGGGACGUGGACGACAUCCGCGUCAAGGUCAAGGCGGCGGCGGCGGGGGACCUGCUCGGCGGCACGAUCGACGUGCUCGUCAACAACGGCGGCAUCGCGAGCCCGUACUGGCGGGACGGCAAGACGAUGGAGGACCCGGACACCCUCGGGGAGUGGCGGGCGUACGUCGACACGAACCUCACCGGCCCCUUCGCCAUGAGCCAGGCCUGCGUUCCGUACAUGAAGGCGCGGCAGGCGGACGCGGCGGACGGCGCGCAGACUGCCGAAGGGGGGUCGGGCGCCGCCGGGCCGUGCAUCCUGCUCAUCGGGUCCUUCCGCGCGCACCAGUCGGACCCGAACCAGGAGGGGUACGCGGCCAGCAAGGCGGGGCAGCUGGGCCUCAUGCACAGCAUGGCCAUCUCGCUCGGCGCGCUUGGCAUCCGCGUGAACCUGAUAGCGCCGGGGCGGAUCAAGGCCGGGCACGAGAGCAGGGAGGGCGACGAGGCGGGGCGGAGCUGGCGGGAGCAGGUGCUGGACAAGGACGUUGACGACCAUCCGACGAACCGGGCCGGGAGGCCGAAGGACAUCGCCGACGCGGCGCUGUACCUGAUGGACGCCGGCUUCGUGACGGGGCAGGAUCUUGUCGUUGACGGUGGGGCUCUGAGGAAGAAGAACUGAGACGGGGUUGUUGCUUGUUGGGCGCGCGCGCGCGCGCCAGGCCUUGAUUCGGAGGCUAAGGGGGCACGCUUUUGGGGGGAAUGAUUGUUGUAUACACUACUCGCUCCGGGUCACGACGAAGUCCCAUUCAGAG